UCGAGUGUAGGAUAUUUUUAGAUCGCAAUAGAAAAUAGUGUACUAAGACCUAUAUUUAAUCGGACUUUAUUAUUAUUUUUAGACUGAAAUUCUCUCUGCGGCUAGUGCGUGUGCAGAAUUUUUACACUUUCAGCUAUCAACAACAGUGCCAGAAUGUCUUCGUGUCAAAACCCUGCCAAAGAAAUUCUCCAAGGUAACGUCACCUUCACCAACAAGAUUUACCAAAUCCUUUCCCGGAAACCCGGAAAUGUGUUCUUUUCGCCGUUCAGCCUCCACGUUGUCCUCGCCAUGGCCUACCAAGGAGCCAGAAACGAGACACUAGAAAGACUCCAAAAAGUGCUCGAAAUUCCCGACCCUUUAAACACGGCCACUGGUUACAAAGAAAUAAUCCACCACUUAACAACCUUAGAAAAUGUGCUCUUACAAAUGGCCUUCAAGAUCUACCUCAAAAAAGACAAACAACUCAUGCCCUCCUUUGAAAACACCGUCAAAGAGUACUUUGAUUCUGAAGUCGAACUCGUGGAUUUUAAGCAACGAACCGAAACCGCGAAAAAGGUAAACGAUUGGGUCGCCGAAAAAACACACGGAAAAAUCAGAGACAUCGUCGACGAAGAAUCCGUUUCGUCUUCCUCGGUGUUUCUUCUUAACGCGCUCUAUUUUAAAGGCGACUGGGAUUCUCCCUUUUAUGAAGGUGAUACCCGAGAAAUGCCUUUUUAUUUGAAUGAUGACAACGUGGUGCAAGUGCAGAUGAUGACCGAUAGAAAAAGAGCUCCCUAUAAGUUCGACGAACAACUGAAUAGUCAAAUUCUGGCUUUGCCAUACUGUGGCGACGAGGUCCACAUGGUUAUCAUACUACCAGAAGAGAAAAACGGGAUUGGAAAGUUGGAAGCUGCGAUAAGUAAGAUCAAUCUCAGCGAAAUUUUAACUGACUUACAUGUAAGAAAAGUGGACGUGUCUUUACCAAAGUUUAAAUUCGACAGUUCCACCGAGAUGGACGAUGUGGUAAAAGAGAUGGGACUUGAACUCAUAUACCACGACAGGAAGGCCGAUUUUAGGGACAUGGCUAGAUUAAGCCCUGCGCAAAAUUUAUACGUUACUAAAAUAGUGCAAAAGGCUUGUAUUGAGGUUAACGAAAAGGGGGCAGAAGCGGCUGUGACUACAGUUGUGGAAAUGGACAUCAUAGAGUGCAGUGUACGCGUGAAAUGCAAAGUUUACAAGUUCGUUGUGGAUCAUCCUGCGAUUUUUAUGGUUGUAGUCGGAAAGGCGGAAAACAUGAACAUUUUGUUUUAUGGAAGGUUGUACCACCCAAAGUACUAAUAAAGGAAAAAUGAAACGCAGUGAAGCAAACUGAUUUGAUUCGUAUGUAUGAAAUGUAUCAAGAUAUACUGCAUAUUGUUUUAGGUUCUGGAAACACAUGACUCUCAGUAUAUUUUAUUAACAUGAUCUAUGCGAUAUGAAUAGGCAUUUCAAAAAGUCUAGUUACCAUUUAGGGAUAUGGAUAUGGAGAGUAAAAUUUAAAACUUACAGUAAAUUAUUAUUUUAUUCAA